UUGAUGGAUUUUGCGCAAUGUCACAAACAAUAAGCUUCUAAAACCCCAGUUUGUUCUCUCGUUCGUUCUCAGUUCCUCUUUUUGUUUCAGAAAAUAUCCUUCAAUAAAUAAUUAUAUUAAUUUUUACGGCAAGUUAAGUGAAUAAUCUGGCAAAAUUUUUUCAAAAUUCGUAAACGCCAUUUGGUGUAAGUCCUCAGUUAAAAAUUGAUGUUUAUAUUUGCUGCACAUUAUUGUUGUUUCACCUGGAUGUUGUUGAUAGAAACCGUGCUAUAUUUCGGCUAAGUGUAUUGUUAAUGUAUUAAUUUUAUAUUUGGGAUUUCAUUUAUGUAGUGCAACAUUAGAUGUAAUAAAUUUUGGCGAAAUCGCGAAAUUUUUAGCGCAUCACAACGAGCCGCGGCCCGAUCGAUGGAAUGAAUUUUAGUCAGAUGAUGAGGAAUAUAUUUUCGUUUUGAUUGACCCAUUUUUAAAAAUUAUGGCUCAACGUCAACCUAAUUGUCCAUUUCCAAAUAUUCGAUGUAAGUGUUUAGAGCUAACCAGUAGAUAGAGCAGAGAAAUCGAGAGAAAAAGUUCGUGCAGUCGCGAGUGAGAGAUUUUCAUGAUGCCUUUCGUAUUGAUCGUUCGGGAAAUGGCCCAGAGCCCUAAAGUCGUGUUUUUGUUCCUCUGUUCUUGUAGAUUCUUUCAAUUAGCCCUUAUUUUUCAACACUAUUGAUCUGUUAUGGGAUAAGUGAAGCUGCCCCCAUGUUGAAGAUACCUGCACGUUUUAAACAAUGUGACCUCAGUGUUUCCCUAGCCUUUGAUUAUUGUGACUGCAUUGUCAACAUGGGUACAAGAGCUGCUGCAUUUACAGCCAAAAUCCGCAGCCUCUAUGAUUACCAACUACGACUUAUGCAAGGCAUUUUACCGCCCCCAUCAGGAGUUGACAUAGCAAACACAAUAAAGUAUUUCUCUCAGACUCUUCUAAGUGUUCUAAAAGAUGUAUCCAGAUCACCAUUCGAGUUACUUAAAGAUCCCAAAAACGAUGAAGUUCGAAUGGCAUUGUUUCAGAGUCUGGAUUAUAAAGGUCUCUACAAUUCCAUUGUUUCACUUAUUGAAGUGGCGCCGCUUAUAACGAACGGACUUCACGUGUUUGGACAGGCGCUGCUUCAAUGCUUGGGCUGCCUUUUACCUUUUUUAGAACACGACCUUAUCGACAACCUUCCUUAUGUUACUGCUUCUACUAUUGCUGUUUUGCCUGUUAGUUUACACCAAGAUAUCAUAAAUACUCUUUGUUACUAUAUUUUACCUUUCACCAUAACACGUAUAGAUCCAAAGCAGUCUGAUAUGUGUCAAUCGGUUUCCUCUGUAAUAAUGAUGGUUUUUGAAUAUUCUGCGAAUCCAGCUCACCACUGUCAACUUUUGGAGUGCCUCAUGACAUUUAAACAAAACAUUUUAAAAGAUAUGCUAAGCGCCAUUGCAUAUGGAACAUCUAAUUGUAGAGCAUCUGCGGCUAAACUUUUGUUUUAUUACUGGCCUACAUUCAACGCCAAUUUGUUUGAUAGAAAGAAUUUAAUUUGUAAAUUUGCUGAUUCUACACCAUUUGGAUGUCAACGAGAUGAAUGUCCAAACUCAGGGAAUGCUGAAGCAGCGAAAGUAUGCUACGAUCAUUGCAUAGCAAUAGCCUAUUCUACUGAUAUUCCUCCUCCUCUUUAUCUUUGCAUCGAAUGCGCUAAUGAAAUUCAUAGAGAACAUCCUAACCAACGGUUUUUUGAUAUUCUUCAUCCCAUGCAACAAGUAUCUAUGGUUUGUGAAAAUAAGAAUUGUAGAUCAUCGGACAAAGUAGCAAUAUCCAUAUGUUUUUCAACCGAAUGUGCCUCAUACAAUGGAAAUCACCCAAUUCGUUAUUGCGAGCAAUGUCACAAUAACCGACAUAAUUUUCGAAGAGGUGGGGACCAUAUCGUUCAUAGAGCGAUACCACCUACUUGGGAAAUGGAUCCCGAGAUGCGAACUUGUAUGGUUGAAGCUAUUGUAAGUUUACUGAAAGAAGCAAAAAUCUCAGAAACAGAUUUAAAAGAAAUGGACCGAAGAGAUAUAGAAGAGAAAGACAAAAAAGAUCCAAAGGAAGGAAGAGACAAGGAAAAAGAGGGACGGAGUCCUAUUCCUGCAUUAGACAAUAUUAGUGUAGAAGAACGACAGCUUUUAGGAAGAUAUGGGAUAUGGUUGCUAGUCGGCAGGUGUAGUCCUGAUGGAAAAUCACAAGAGGAAGUGCUCGGAAGGCUGUUGGCUAUGGUUUUUCAUUGGUUUCAUAUGACCGCUUACUCCUAUGAUGGUCGAGAAGAAAGCACUUUAGAAAAACUAAAGAUGACCGAUGUAUGCGGGUGGCUGCGGAUAAUAAGUAAUUCGCAUUAUGACCUUUUUGUAUCGUGCCUUUUACCUCAUCCACCCUACUAUGCCAGAAUAGGAGGACAUUGGGAUACUUUAGCAACCAAAACCACUCACCUAAAAGAAGGUUUAGACCGUCUGUUCUGCCUUGUGCCUUAUGAAGUUAUCACGCAGGAGAUUUGGGAUUAUAUAAUGCCGCAUUGGAUGGAAGCUACUGUUGACGGAGUGCAUGAAAAGGAACUUUUUGAAUUAAAAUUAAUUUUUAGUAAAAUUCUAGACUCUGAUAUGAGUCCCUUGGGUUUUGAUGCAAAAAAGAUGUACCAGUUCGUGGCCGUCCGAUUCCAAAGAACCAAUGCCAAAGUACAACAACAAGCUCUUAAAUGGUUGCAGACAUUAACUCUUUUGGAAAUAUCUACUCCUUUACACUUACUUUUUGCAAUAUUUGGAGAUGGAGUAAUUAGCAUGAAAGAAGUAAAUGGACAUAACGAUACUAUGCCAAUAGAACAACCGUUAGAUUUAUUACCUGUUCCUGGUCAAUCAAAAAAGAAUUCUUUAACCACCGAAGAUAUCCAACAGUUCGAUGGUUCUUCAAAAACAUCAAUAGCUGAAGAAGAGGUUAACGCAAAAUCACCAAUGGAGAUGGAAUCUGAAAAUAAGUUGUCUUGUUGCAUUUUAAUGCUUGAUAUACUGCUUAAACAAAUGGAACUUCAAGAGAUAGACAAACAUACAGGUCUAAGUUCCUCGCUGUGCAAAAAUGUGUGUUCGCUUUUAAAAAGCAUGGUUACGGCUGCUUGGAUUAGCUCUCAUUCAUGCUCUUCCAAAAUGGAAUGUACUUACUGCGAGUGCAGUAUCAUGUGGCAUCAACUAGCUUAUGAACUUGUUAUUUAUUUAUCUCCUGUUACUCUCGCACACCCUCCUGAUCCUCCUUUGGAAAUAGAGUCAGAUGAUGUAAACAGUCGCAAGAGCCCCCCAGAGGGUGACAAAAAAGAAAAGGCCAAUGAAAUGGUUUUGAACAUGCCUAUACCAGAAGUGCCUACAGUGGGAGGUGUCUUAGUUCAUAUGCCGCACGUGUGUUCUGUACGAAUAUUACAGCAUAACUCAAACCAAGGACCCCAACCCCUUAAGUCCUUACCCUAUUGGAUCAUGACUGCAACUGUUGAGACUGUAUCAGAGCAACUUGACUUAGGUUCAAUUAUUCCCGCCGAAAAAGUGGUAUCUGCAGUGUCCAGGGCAAUAACCCUUUCAGAAACAGAUAUAGUGUCAGCGACUGCGACAGUGCCAAAAACACCAUUACCACCAAUGCUUUGUGAAACAAAUGAAAAUCUUGACUCAGAUUCUGGAGAGGAAGAUUUUAAUUUUUGGGAGACUUCUUUGGGAAAAUUUAAAUUUACCUUGGAAGAGUUACCCGAACCAAUUCAGUUUAUUCAUCACCUUCUUACAGAGCUUUCCAAAGUAGAGAAACCUGAUAUAUUGUAUUAUAUGUUAAAGUGCCUAAAUGUUUUAAUACUAUACGGUGAUGCAUGUACAAAAGCUUCCAAGGAAAACAAGGGAUUUUUUAUAUGGUGUCAGGAGCAGCUUAUUAUUCAAAACUUAUGGAGCCUCCUAAGUUCAGAACACUCUCAUAUUUGUCAAGAGGCCGUUCCCUUAAUGCUUCACUGUAUUACUCUGCCAGCAGGGCCAGAUGUCUUUUGGAGAAUUAUCCAAGAUGACUUUCACCAUCAAGAUUGGAGAGUAAGGUUUACUGCUGUUGAAAAGGUGACGGUUUUAGCUCGGUUUAUGGCUGAUUGUCCUCUACGAAAUCAAGUUCAUUUACAAGCAGCUCUGGCCAAUGCGUUUUGCUACUUAAUUUCUAGUAUGGAUGAUCCAAAUGUAUAUGUUGCGCAAAGAGCGACGUUAUAUCUGGGUACUAUACAUGAUUUCGCAAUUAGGUCUUUAAUAAUGUGCCUCGAAUCGCAAUUCGACUCUGUUAUAUUGGAUAGGCCGAUGGUCCUGCAGUCAAUUUACCAGCUGCACAAUUCUUUGAGCGAACGAAAAAUUUUAAGUUGGGAUUUUUUUCUAAAUCGUUUCGAUACACUUUACAUAGAAGCUCAAAUAGCCUUAGAAAAAGCGGGUGAUAUUACUUAUAUAAGAGACCUUAAAAAUACAGAAGUUAAUGGGGAAAUUUUUAUGAGAAAACUGCAAAGAGCUCAUGAUGCCUUAUCUGGUUUAAAUGAGGGGAGUAUAGCAAGUUCAAUAAAAACACUAAGUGCUAGUUUCGGUACUAAAUGGCCUUAUAAACGCACAAUGUCAGCGCCAGCAUCAAUUAUACGACACCAGGAAAGCAAGUCUGUGUACAUUUCUGAGACCAAAGAGAAAGUUUACAAUCGUCAAUAUUCUGCGCCUAUACUAAAAAGAAAAAGUUCACGUUUUGGACUGGGUCAGUUUCUAGGCACUAGUUACAGCAUUCCAGAUGGGCAAAUGCAAUCGCUUAGUGUUGUUGAUGACCAGAACUUAUCGACCUUUCUGCAAAGAAUCAUCGACCUAGAAGAAGCGGACAAAGAGACUAUGCAUUUACUUAUUUUUCUUCUAAUGCAGUUUCUGUCUAGAUCAGAUCAGGCGUAUCCAGCCGAAGAAAAGAAUUUAGGAAGAACACAAACAACAGUGCUUAAGCACUUAUGGCUUUUAUUGGGUUACAGCCAAACUGAUCGUGGUAUAUACCUUCCACCUCAAAGUCUUCGGGCAUCGCCAGCAUUUAACGUUUUUUUGGCAAACCUGCCUCAAGUUAUGGACCAAAAUCAUUUAAUGGGGAGAAUCCUUUUUCCGACAUGCUUAAUUCUUCUUCAAUAUGCUCCUUCACCGUUUUAUAUAUCUAGCUCUAUGGAUUUUCAACAACCUCUUUAUAGUUUAUGGGUUCUAGAGCCCCAUUUACGGAAAAAUUGGUUAAUGUCUCUUGUUGUAAUUUUAUAUAAGUACCAAUUUAAUCAACAGCCGCACAAUAUGCAAAUUACGUCUUUAAUAAGAAUAAUUUUAAAUACAUUAGACUCUCAACAUCAUCACUGUAAAAGGAUACCAAAUACAAUUAUUAUGGGACAGCAGGCUUCAAGAUCUAGAGAUGUUAGUCAACCAUCUCUGGGUACUGAAAUUGAUCAUCCGGAACGAGUAACCCCUCCUCUUUCGCCCAUGUACUCAUCAGAUGGUCAAUCAAUCCAAGUAUCUUUAAGUUCUAAGGGUGGUAAAGUGCAAGUGUCUUAUACGAAACCGUCAUCGAUGACAAGUAUGGAAACACAUUGGGAAGAAACAAACAUAUAUGAAAAAUCUACAGAUCGAAAAUGGGAAAAAGGCGGAAAGAGGCAAACAGAUAAAACUUUUACCGAUGAUGAUACAGAGAGUGAGCUAAUUGCGAUUCCCGAAAGCGAUAUAUCCGAUAGCACUUUGCAAGGAAGCGUCCAAGAUUCUUUUGAAGAAGCCAUGAGUGAACACUCAAGUCAAGUAAUAAACAAACAUACGGGAGAAAAGGCUUUAAUAUCAAAAUCUCCAAAAGAUAGUAUGAUCGAAAUGAAGCGAUUAUGUUCAACAAAAGGCCGCCCUGUUUGGAUUAUAGGAAGUGAAGAUGAAUCUUUAAAAUCGUAUGAUAACAAACUUCAAGAAAUGACCAAAGCAAAUAAAGUUGAUUUUAAUAAAAUUUGUGCAAGAAUUAAAAGUAGUGGCUGUAACGGCUCAAAUAUCCAGACUGUCAAAACCGUUUCAACGGAGUCUCACAGGCUAACAGAAUCAACCUUUAUUUCAAGACAAACACCCCUAGGAAGAAAUAAAAAAGUUAUAGAACCCUUUAUAACCCCUGUAUCCACUCCUGUAUUAGAUUAUGAAAAUUACAAAUGCAAUCAUUUAUCGACCCCCGCCGUAGAACGGCUAUUACCGAUUGGACCAAUUAGAUCACCUGAAUUCGACGAAUCGUCUUCUCCUGCAGAACCACAAUUAGAAAUUCCAAUGCAAGAAAGACUUCUUCCAAUAGGACAAAAUACCAAAGAUAUCACGAAUUUAGUAGAAAAGGUAAAACAAGCGCUAAAUAUAAACUCAAAAAUUGUAAAAAAAUUAGAAACUCCAGAAAAAAUCGUUGAGCAACCUAGCACGUCGCAAACCCAAAGUCCCAGAAAAUUAAUAAAGCAAGUUGCCUUAGAAAGUCCGCCAAAUAUGUAUGAACCAGAAGUAAAUGGUUUUGGAUUAGAAAAUUACAUAAAAACUAUAAAAGUAGAUAAUCACAGAGAUGUUAUAGUAAAUCACCGACAAAGAAUACGAAAAGCGGCACCCUUGACUGCAAAUUUGAAUCAACAGAAACCGAAACUUCCUGGAAGCGGAUGGGUUUUCCUAAAUUCACAGACUGCCUCUCCUAAAACAGAAGUACAAGCAAAUUACGAUUCCAAGCACAGCUCAUACAGGAUAGGUGAGGACUGCGUUAAGGAAAGAUGCUCCGAAUGUGGCACAGUUCGAGAAAUAUAUAGCGAUGAAGAAGUUGGACUCUGCAUUGUAGCUCUAGGAACAUUUAUUCAUAGAGAACCCAGUAUAGCUGCUCCUUUAUUGCCUGAUAUGCUUAGUAUAGUGGCUAAAAUUGCUACAAAUGCGUCAUAUCCGUGGCAAAGUGAGAGCAGUGUACACUUACCAGGAGGAGCAGUUAGCGUUGCACAUCAGUUUUUAAGAUGUGUUUUACAUCAAUUGGCUCCGAAUGGGAUAUUUAUUCAAAUGUUUUUAACUAAAGUUCCAGAACACGUAAGACUGCAUUUUUUUAAAAGCGUGAUCCAAGCGUUAGUGGAUUUUAAUGAAUUAAGUCCAGUAGCACCCCUACAGCUUCUAUUAGAAACAUUGAAUUCGAAGAAAACGUUGCCCACCGAUAUGAUGCCUACGAUACUAGCAAAUAUGGCAGCCUACCUAAGUUGUUUACCAUUGGAAAACGCUUUAGGAACCACAACGUCAAUGUGGAGUGCGGUGCUACAACAACUUGAAAUCAUUUAUAGGAAGCUAAUUUUUAUGUUAAAUGUACUGGAGGAUAUAACACCUCUCCUAAAAAUUAUAACAUCGGUAUUUAAGUUACCGAUUAUCACUCAACAUAAGGGUAUUUUAGAUCCAUUUUCGAAGGUGCUCAGUUACGCAAUUCAAACACACGUCCUAAGCUAUAAUCUACUUGUAGAAAUAUGUUAUUUAUGUAACAAAGCAUUUACCAAAGAUAGAGACAAACUAAUAUUUAGUAGAAUGGUGGUUAUUGAGCUAGUCCAAGUGUUAAAGUUUAAAACAACGAUUCCGGAUUCAAAUGUAUUAAUGCUUAUUAAUUUAAUCCUCCAGGAUGUUGGAGGUCAUAUUCCUUCAAACGUUGUGAUAAAAGAUAGCAAUUCUAUCCAGUUUGAAACUGUGCCCAAUUUCAGCACUGGUAUAUCAGAAUGUAUGAAAAUGAAUCUAGUUGAUAUUUUAGAUUUUUUAUCUGAUUUUCAUACAAUAUCAAAAAUGAAAAGUUACUGUCGAGGCUUUGGUAUUGGAUUAAAUGAUGAUACCCUAGGAGGAAUAAUAAAAUGUAGCGUUGCUCAAUACUUAGCAUUAGAAAUAACCAAAGGAAACGGAAGAGAUAACAGAGCUGUUACCAGAUAUUUUCCAUGGCUUUAUAACUCUUCAGUUUCUCAACAAAGUCCCAGAGAAUUUGUGGAGUGUAUUGGUCACAUCCGCCUACUGUCCUGGCUGCUUCUAGGAUCGCUAACAUAUACAGCAUUGCAGGGUAAUAACAAUACGUCUAUGAUAAGUCAGCCAAUUCCACAGGAAGCGUCCUGUCAAAUAGCAGAUAAUAUACAAGUAAUAAUGUCUGGUUUUGCCGACCAACCUAAGACCAGUGUGCUUCAUAUGUCAUCUUUGUUUCACACGUUUAUUUUAUGUCAACUUUGGACAGUUUACUUAGAGCAAAGCCUAGCUCAUCAUCUUCCUAUUACCGAAGCCUACAAUGUUACUAUGAAUAUUUUAUUUGAUUUUUGGGGCAAAGUAACACCUUCCAUUUUGCAGCUAGUUCAACAAUCCAAAUCUCUCAGCGAAAUAGUCAGUCUGCAUUUUCUGAGCAUGCUGGAAGCACUAAUAGAAUGUAAAUCUACUUUUGUGGCCAAACUAUUACCGCUUUGGACGCCAGUAUUAACAUCAAACCAAAUCCAGUUGCCUGGUCAUUUGCAAGUACGUUUGCAAAACUGCCGAAAUUUUGCACCGUCGAUUUACCAUGAAAUAUCAAAUGGCAAACGAAAAAUUAGCCACCUAAACAAUCCAAUGCUGUUAAAGUGGUUACAACGGCUUCAGUUCAAAAUGGGACAAAUAGAACUUCAGUCAUCAACAGCUACGCAGUUUUAUUCAUUAUAGUUAAAAGUAGAUUUUUUGUUUUAUUAUAACAUUAAGUACUGUUAAAAAAAACAAAAUAGACUAUUAUCAUUAUUGUUAGAAAGGUUGUGUACAUUUUUUCUAUUAAAAUUUUUAAAACAA